UCUUACCAAAACCUCGUAUAAUGCUCGUAUCAAGUUGAUAUUAGUAAAAUUUCUAACUUGUGUCAUGACAAAUUCAAGGUUUCGGUAAUAUUUUACUGUUAUUUUUUGGGCUGGCAUAACUUCUGAAGAUCGCACAGAGUUAGUUGUCGUAAUAAAUGUUUCUAUAAAUGCACAACGCUAAAUCAUGGAACUCCUAAUUCCCAAAGGACAACCAGCGUUAGGUUUUUUCUGUAACAAAAAGUGCUGCUAUAUUAAUGGUGGACAAUGCUCGAGCACAUCGAGCGGGCUUUGUAGACGCUUACAAAAGUGACGUCGGGAUGCGCCGUGACCUCAAUCCCAUCGAGCAUCAUUGGGAGAUUUCUAAAACGACGAGCUGUACAUCAGCCCCACAGACCAUAUUUUUAAGAAAAAUAGAAAAUACAAUAAUUUUUACUGUAAUACGUUCUAUUUUAUACAUUACAGAUAAAACAAAAACAGUCAAAAUCAAAAAAGAAAUAAAUAAAAUGAAACAAGACAUUAAAAAAGUCAACAAUAAAAGCCUGAAUAACAAAAGUAAGAAAAAUUGUAUCACAAGAUGCGUGGAACGAAAUGUGAUUGAAAAACAAUAUACUCCAGUUCUAAAAAUAGAAAACGACAGCUUAAACAGCAGGAGAAAUACCUUGGUUAAAAAGAUAAUUCCAGCUACAAUUACAAUUAAAGAAGAUAAUUCUAGGCUUUCUGAAAAGAAUAACGAUAAGAAUUCCAGUACGGACAAUAAAGAUAUUCAAGACCAAAAGUUGAUAGAGAAUGAUUUUCAUAAUUUAAUGACCCCUAACAGAGUAAAUACUGUUGAAAAGCCGUAUUCAUGUAAUUUGUGCAGUAAGAGUUAUAAGAAAUCUAGUCAUUUGAAGAUACAUACUAGACUACAUACUGGUGAAAAGCCAUACUCGUGUGAGGUAUGUGAUAAGAGUUUCAAUCAAAUUAGUGAUUUAAAGAGACAUAAUUUAACACAUACUGGUAAAAAGAUGUACUCGUGCCAUGUUUGUGGCAAGACUUUUAAUGUAUCUUAUAAUUUAAAGACACAUAAUAGAAUCCAUACUGGUGAAAAGCCCUAUACAUGUAAUGUGUGUGGUAAAAGUUUUAAUCAGUCAAAUUGUUUGAAGAUACAUAUUAGGGUUCAUACUGGUGAAAAGCCAUACUCAUGUGAUAAAUGUGGUAAGAGCUUCAAUCGCUCUGAUGAAUUGAAGAGACAUGAUACAAUACAUACAGGUGAAAAGCAGUACUCUUGUAAUGUAUGUGGUAAGAGUUUUAAUACUUCUGGUAAUUUGAAGAGACAUAACACGAUACACAACAAGGAAAUGAUCUAUUCUUGUAAAUUAUGUGGUGAAAGUUUCAACAAUUCUGCCGACUUGAAGUUACAUAACACAAGAAUACAUGUCGGGGAAAAGCCCUAGGGUCCAAACAGUCUAGUGAAUUGCGACUCAUAGCACAUGUACUUAGGCUAUGGUCUCCUAUUUUACGCCGUACGCGACGUCUCGUUAUGCCGUACGCUGCGUCACAAUGCUUACUAUAUAAAUGUACUGUAGUGAUCUCUUCAACACGUUGACGCCGUACGCAGCAUCCGAACACCGUGCGCCGCGUCUCUAUCCAUUACAGCGUGAAGGUCGUCGCUCGCGACACACGAAAUGAUGAGGCGUGAUAAAGGAAAAGACGAGUUGUUGACUGAAUCAGUAAAAUGUUAUAAUGCAGUGUGUGAUAAAAGUGGCAAGAAUCAUAAAUCAAUAUUUAGAAGCAUCAAUGUUGGGUUACGAGUAAGCCACUGAGCCACCUGCGUCACAGCAGAUGUAUUGACCGCCGACCAUACUCGUGUGAGGUAUGCGUCCAGGCGUUGGAAGCCACGGAAUGGAACGUCGACGCCAACGCUAAGCAAUUCAGCUGUAUUUAAAUAUGACAAACAGAAUAUCUGUUCUAACUUGUCUUUCACUUUUGGAAAAUAUCCAUCGAAAUUGUAAUAUUGUACAAAAGAUGAAGAAAAUGAAAUCUUUAGCGAAAAUCGAACAAACUUACAAUGUGGAUAUCCUUAAUAUUUGUUUUUCGUCUUUCAUUUUGAUGCAGUGCAUAAAUAAUUGUUAUAUAAAAAGGCAGUUUUUAUUUGCUGGAUAUAUGAACUAUAGAAGAUUCUGGAAAUCCAGUUCCAAUUGUUAGAAUUUCCUUUUAAGAUUGUGUAUUUUAAAGUUUAUUUUUUUAAUAUUUUAUUAUAUAUUUGUAAUUUAUUUUUAAAUAUUAUUAAAGUACUUCGACUUGUA